GGACUUCUCGACAAAAGUCUUGCCUGCAUACAACGAUGUCGCUAAAGGUCCCCAAGGCAAACCAGAUACAGCUCUUUAAGGACGGCUACAAGCACCUUCAAGGGAUCGAGGAUGCCGUCCUGCGCAACAUCCAGGCUGUAUCGGAGCUGUCUGAUCUGGUCCGGACAAGUUUUGGUCCAAACGGCAGGAACAAGCUGAUCAUUAAUCAUCUGGGCAAACUUUUUGUGACGUCCGAUGCAGCUACUAUCCUGCGUGAAAUGGAGGUGGUGCACCCCGCAGCAAAAUUGGUGGUCAUGGCGUCGCAGGCACAGGAGCAGGAGAUGGGCGAUGCGACGAACAUGGUGAUCAUGCUCGCGGGGGAGCUGCUCAAGAAAGCCGAGCAUCUCCUGGUGAUGGGCUUACAUCCGAGCGAGAUCAUCCGGGGCUACGAACUCGCGUGCACAAAGUCGCUAGAAGAAUUCGAAAAUCUGUCAUGUAGCAGUCUCCCCAUCCCUUUCACGCAAUCCGCCCUUGCCACCGCCCUCAAACCCGCCAUCGCCUCGAAGCAGUACGGCUACGAAGACACACUCUCAUCACUGGUAGCAGAAGCCGCUAUGGUCGUGAUGCCCACGAAUCCCAAGAACUUCAACGUGGACAAUGUCCGCGUGGUCAAAAUAAUGGGAGGGAGUCUAGCAAAUAGCAGAGUCGUGCAGGGUAUGGUCUUCGGUCGGGAACCUGAGGGCAGCGUCAAGAACGUCAAAAAAGCCAAGGUAGCCGUUUACACAUGUGGCGUCGACAUUUCGCAAACAGAGACAAAAGGAACGGUCCUCAUCCACAACAAGGACGAGAUGCUCAACUUCACCCGCGGCGAGGAGCAGCAGCUAGAAAAGGUACUGAAAGAGAUCGCAGACUCUGGGGUGAAAGUGAUCAUCGCCGGCUCGAACGUUGGCGAGCUCGCAAUGCACUAUCUCAACCGGCUUAACAUCGCCGUCCUCAAGGUUCUCUCCAAAUUCGAUUUGCGGCGGCUCUGCCGCGUCGUCAACGCGACGCCGCUAACGCGGAUCGGCGCGCCCACACCCGAGGAAGCGGGCUUCGUCGACGUCUUCGAGUGUAUCGAGGUCGGCGGUGACCGCGUGACCGUCCUCAGGCAGCUUGUCGACGGCGAGGAAGGGUUCUCCGGGCAGGGCGAGAGGACACGGACGGCGACGAUCGUCCUGCGCGGCGCGACACAGAACCACCUGGACGACCUUGAGCGGGCAAUUGACGACGGCGUGAACGUCAUCAAGUCCCUGAUGAAGGAUCCGAAGCUCGUGCCCGGCGCGGGCGCGACCGAGCUCGAACUCGCGAAGAGGAUAGAGGUGUACGGCAGCGGGCUGAAGGGCCUGUCGCAGCAUGCGGUGAGGAGGUACGCGAGCGCGCUGGAAGUUGUGCCGCGCACGCUGGCGGAGAACGCGUUUGGUGCUGCGGAGGGGAACGAGGUGCUCAGUCGGUUGUGGGCGAAGCACGAGGAGAAGGGUGGAGAGGUCUGGGGGGUGGACGUCGAGGCGGAGACGGAUGGGACGCUGUCAGCGACUGAGCACAAGAUCCUGGAUCCGCUCGCGGCUAAGUCGUGGGCGGUGAAGCUGGGCACCGAGGCUGCAGUGGCUGUCCUCAGCGUUGAUAGCAUUAUCAUGAGCAAGCCGGCGGGAGGACCGAAGAUACCGCAGCAGGCGGGGAAUUGGGAUGAGGAUGAUUAAGAAAAAAAGGUGCGGGUACGACGUUGCGACCACGACGAUGCAAACAACGAUUUACGGGUUCCGUGCUCAGGAGUGUGAAGGGUUUGGAGUAUGGUAUUCGCAGCGUAUUUACGACGUCAAGAUCCAAUGUAAUAUCUUUUCUGCUCUCGACAUUCACGUCCGAAAUGCUUCCGAGGCGCCAGAUAAUCACGGAGUCAUGCGCGGCGGAGAUGAAACUGACGCCAGUUCCCAUCAAAGACCAAAGUCGACGCGUUCUCGAGCUGUAAGCUUGCAUACCGGUCGGCCACCAAGUAUACACUUGUAC